AAUCAAAGAGCUGGAGAAGAGAGAUUAGGGAGGGAAGAUUCAUUUGACCUUCCUUCAUCUCUCUGUAAUUUUCCCUAAUUUUUUCUUUAUUUGUAUUUUUCAGAACAAAAACAUCGAACAAUUUGAAAGAAAAUAAUUUUGACGUUAAUUCGAUCCAUCUUCUUCGAUUUCACGCGUUGAAUUUCCACCCACCUUUAUCAUCUUCGUCUUCUUCGUCUUCUUCUCAUAUAUAUCCGUGCCCUUUCGACAUUUCUUUUCCAAGUACCAUCCUUUGAUCUUUCCCAUUUUCCUGGAAUUCUGUCGUGAAUCUGUGCCUAAGCUUCGUCUUCCUCUCAAGCUGCGGCGGAUUUGAUUUGGGUUCUUAUUCGAAUUUCGAUUUGAUCAGUCAAAUUGAUAGAAAUCAUGGGUAAUUGUUGUGGAACGGCGGGAUCGUUGGCUCAGAACGAUAAUAAGCCGAAAAAAGGAAGGAAGAAGCAAAACCCAUUCUCGAUCGAUUACGGUCUUCACCACGGAGGCGGAGGAGCUCUUAAGCUAAUCGUGCUCAACGAUCCAACAGGUCGCGAGAUCGAGCAGAAAUACACGCUGGGUCGAGAGCUAGGCCGUGGAGAAUUCGGUGUCACCUACCUUUGUACAGACAAAGAAAACGGCGACGUUUUGGCCUGUAAAUCGAUCCUGAAGAAGAAGCUGAGGACGGCUGUGGAUAUAGAGGAUGUUAGGAGAGAAGUUGAGAUCAUGAGGCAUAUGCCUGAGCAUCCAAAUGUCGUCACCUUGAAGGAGACUUACGAGGAUGAGCAUGCGGUGCAUCUUGUUAUGGAGCUUUGUGAAGGAGGUGAAUUGUUUGAUAGGAUUGUGGCCAGAGGUCAUUACACCGAGAGAGCUGCUGCUGCUGUCACUAAGACCAUCAUGGAAGUUGUUCAGGUGUGUCAUAAGCAUGGGGUAAUGCAUAGGGACCUAAAACCCGAGAAUUUCUUGUUUGCAAAUAAGAAAGAGACUGCACCUCUCAAGGCGAUUGAUUUCGGUCUCUCUGUUUUCUUUAAACCAGGCGAGAGGUUUAACGAAAUCGUUGGUAGUCCGUACUACAUGGCUCCCGAGGUGCUAAAACGUAAUUACGGGCCAGAAGUUGACAUUUGGAGCGCAGGUGUUAUUCUUUACAUACUGCUUUGUGGUGUCCCGCCUUUCUGGGCAGAGACUGAACAAGGAGUUGCACAAGCUAUUAUUCGAUCUGUAGUAGACUUUAGAAGAGACCCAUGGCCCAAGGUUUCCGAAAAUGCAAAAGACCUUAUCAGGAAAAUGCUUGAUCCUGACCAAAAGCGCCGUCUUACAGCUCAGCAAGUGCUAGAUCAUCCGUGGCUACAGAACGCAAAGACAGCUCCCAAUGUAUCAUUGGGUGAAACAGUGAGAGCAAGGCUGAAGCAGUUCACCGUCAUGAACAAGCUUAAGAAACGAGCACUCAGGGUUAUUGCUGAGCAUUUAUCGGAUGAAGAAGCUUCUGGUAUAAGAGAAGGGUUCCAAAUAAUGGACACAAGCCAGAGAGGGAAGAUUAACAUCGAUGAGCUAAAAAUUGGGUUGCAGAAACUUGGUCAUGCCAUUCCCCAAGACGAUUUACAAAUUUUGAUGGACGCUGGAGAUAACGAUAAAGAUGGAUACUUGGACUGUGACGAGUUCAUUGCCAUAUCGGUGCAUCUCAGGAAAAUGGGCAAUGAUGAGCAUCUCAAGAAAGCGUUUGCGUUCUUUGAUCAAAACAAUAACGGAUAUAUCGAAAUAGAGGAGCUAAGGGAAGCUUUGUCUGAUGAAGUUGGCACAAGCGAAGAGGUUGUUGAUGCCAUUAUUCGCGAUGUUGAUACCGAUAAGGAUGGAAGAAUAAGUUACGAAGAGUUUGCGACGAUGAUGAAAACGGGAACAGAUUGGAGAAAAGCUUCGAGGCAAUACUCGAGGGAACGGUUUAACAGUAUCAGCCUCAAACUGAUGCAAGAUGCGUCGUUGCAGGGUAAUGGCGAUACAAAAUGAGAGAGGCUUAAUCUGUCACUCGGCAUUAGAAGAUUGAAUCAAAGAGAUGCAAAUCUUUCUUCAUUUCUUUAUUAUUAUUAUUUUUUUUUAUCUUUUUGGGUUUUUUUUCCUUACACCACGAUUAAAGCUUUUGUAGGCAUAUAAGCUGUAACGAAUUGUGUGUUUGAUUUUUCUAGCUGAAAGAGCGAGUGUGUACGGAUCAAGAGAGAAAAAGAGUGUGGUCUGUGCCUGUGUGUAGAUAUUUUGUAUAAUUGUAUCUGGAAAAGAUCAUCAUCAAAUUUUCUAUAACAAUUUAAGCAUUAUAUGAGAGA